GCAUUGUGGAUGACCUUUAUAUCAUAUCAGAUAGCUUCAACCCCUUUAAAGAUAUCAAUAGUUAAAUUUUUUUUAAAAAAUGCAGUCUAUUUUGUUAUAAUUUUAAUUAAUAGUAGUGUUUUCCUUGAUUAAUCACCGAUCUUUAAUUAAAAUUAAAGAAUUUAUACAAAAUAAUAAAUGAGGAAAUCAAAAUUCCUGAAUCCUUAAAAUGUGUUAUCAGUGUAUUUCCAUAACUGAUAACUCGUUUAUAAAGGUUAAUAUCAAAAUUUUUGAAAAAUUUGUUUUUUGCCAUGAUUUUUAAUUCCUAUAUAAUUAACUUUUUAUUGAAGCACAAAGCAUUAAGCACUUUUGUAGGACUUAUAUUUGUGAUCCUUAUUGCCUAUUUUUUCCAAGCUAUUAGAAAAAUUAUGUUAAUCAAUGGGUGUCAUUAUAAUGUUGAUGAACCUAUUGAUGUCGUAUACACAUGGGUAAAUGGUUCAGAUCAACAAUUUUUAAAUAAUUUACAGACUUUUCUUACAUGCAAUAACAGUUUCCAAACAGAUUUAUCACUUCAAAGAUUUGAUGAUAAAUAUGAACUAAAAUUCUCUCUAAGGUCUUUAGAGAAGUUUGCCCCUUGGGUGAGACAUGUUUACAUAGUUACUAAUGGUCAAAUACCCUACUGGCUUAACUUAGAUUGUGAUAAGGUCACUUUAGUGAGUCAUCAGGAUAUUUUUAUUGAUAGCAAACAUCUUCCAACCUUUUCUAGUCCUGCCAUUGAAUCUAAUUUGCAUAGAAUACCAGGUUUAUCUGAUCGUUUUAUAUAUUUCAAUGAUGACGUAUUUUUGGGAGAUUCGAUUUUUCCUGACGAUUUUUAUUCGCCAAAUAACGGUUUCAUUGUGUACCUUUCAUGGCCCAUUCCAAUGUGUGCUGAAGACUGUCCCUGGGUGUAUGUGGGCGACAAAGAGUGCGAUUUGCCCUGCCUAAAUGAUGAAUGCCAAAUGGACGGGGGUGACUGUGAUUUUGGAUCGGAGUUGAGUAGGGCGACUUUCGAGCCGUUCUUUAUAGAAAACUGGGACGUUUUUGAGACUAAUGCAAACGAAAACUCUAAUAAAACCCAUACUGUUGGAAAUAAAUCGACAAUUCCUCUUCCUGUUGUCAAAUUGGAGUUUGAACCCAAAAAAAUAGUGAAUAACAGCAUCUCUGAAGUGGCUGAAGUUGUAAGAAAGCAUAACCGAAAGGUUUUACAGAACGACAGAUUAAAACGUAAACGGAGGAACAUAAAAGAAAAGUUUGCACAGUUAAAGAAACCUGAAUUACAAAAGUCGUCCGGAAAAUCCUGUCCAUCCCGAGAAGACAGUCGAAUAGAUACGUACAGGGCGUCUCUGCAACAUACAAACCGGAUAUUGAAUUUGAAAUAUGGAUUUCUUUCGAGAUACACCCCUGCACAUGCCCCAAUUUUAAUCGACAGAAAAAUUAUGGAAAACUUGCAAGAGACAUUUCCGAUCGAAUUUGAAAAAACUUCAGCAAAUCGGGUCAGGAGGGGUGACGACAUGCAAUUUUCUUUGAGCUAUUAUUAUUUCCUUAUCCACGAAAAUAGGAAAAGGGAUAUUGAAGAAAUUUUUGACGUUUUCGACACUGAUAAUUCAGGAACUUGGUCAGACAGAGAAAUUCGUACAAUUUUGACUCGAUUAUACGAAUUACCUCUGACGUAUCAAAUGGUGGACCAAUUCGAAAAUUUAAUAUUGAAUUGCACCUUUAGAGGCAAUGGGUUUCAUUACGAUGACGUCAUUGUGACUCCCGAAUUUGAAAGAUACGUCGAUUCGAAAUUGCCCACGGUGUCGAAGCAACUGAUAGCCAGUUGCGAAACGAUGUCGGAGAUUCUGAUUAAAAAGUUCGGGACUGUAAAAAAAUACAAACACAAAAUAAUAAAACAUUCCCAAGACAAAUAUGUCACGUUUAAAAUGUUGACGUCAAACGUCAGCCAAGUCGUCGGCCAUUUGGACGAGAUUCGAAGGGAACCAAAAAAGUUCGUUUGUUUAAAUGACAAUAUGGACAAUUAUUCCGAAUCGGAGAACGAAAUGGUCCGAGCGAUUUUGUACGACUUUUAUUUGUCUUUGUUUCCUAAUCCUAGUCGGUUUGAAUUGCCCAACGAUUUGAGGAAUCGAUUCGUUUAUAUCGACGAGUUGCGCGUGUGGAAAAGUUACCAUCGCAAAUUGCGAAUAUUUAUUUAUCUGUGCUUCGUCCUGUUGUUGUACAUUACUUGCCAGAAUUUUUGUAAGAGACGAAUACUGUACAGGUGUCUAAAUAAAUUAUUACAGUAAA